UAUCCUCUACCGGCAUCAAUUCCCAAGCACAACCCGGCUGGUUGAUUUCGUUACACAGGCUGUUCGCUUUUUUUUCGCUCCCGCCAUACCGGCCGGAACCGGAGAGUGAACGCGAGCUGAAACGUGGUUGUGCUUUGCCUACAUUACCUGACUUUUGGUUGUAGUCCGGUUGAAGGCUUGCAUACCUGUUGAAAACACAACACCGUGUAAAGUUUGAUGUGGUGUGCGCGUUAGCUUAGCGUGUGCGUGAUGGCUUAGCAAACGGCUGCGCCUACUUAUUUAUGCAACUUCGUCACUUAUUACGGACUGGACUGGUCGUGAAGUCAUCACGGCAACAGAGACCCCAGCGGAUGAUCAAGAUGGAAGCCUCGUGCAAAUCUCCAUUCUGAGCCAUGUGUUAGAUAUUGUGUUUCUUUGUGCAUGAUGUGCAGUGAAAUUUGCCGAAUAAGUUCCCGCAAAGUGGUAAUGAAGUAAAGUUCAAAAGAGACGAAGCAGCAAGAAGUUUCUUAAAACGUCUCAGUUCGUAUUUGGAAAGCGGCUGCUGUUGCUGCAGUUUGUGGCGAAGAAGUUAUUUGAAACAAGGUGAAUAAAAGUUAUGGAAAAAAGUUGAGUUCAGUGAAAGGCAGCCAGCGAGCGGGCGGAUGGAAAGCUUGCUCGUCAUUUCCGCUUGGACUAUCGAGACCGUGGAGCCGUUUAUGCAGAUUACACAUGAAAAACAUUCUUGAACAGAAGAAAUUAAAAAGAAUCAACUUAGAACGAUGAACCCAAUCAACAUCUUUUUUACGGUGCUGAUAAUUAUUUCCACCGCGCGAGCAGAUGAUUGCGGAGAAAAAUUUCGCGGUAAAUGCAAAUGCGGCCAGCAGAUGUACAACUACCAAACUCGGUACGUCGUGAAUUGUACCGACGAAGGCUUUCGAGAUACAAACGUACUGGAGUACCUUCCACUGCAGACGGAAGUCGUCAUAUUCACCGGCAACUACAUCGACGAGCUACCGUGGAACGUGUUCGGUGCCAUAAACGAUCUCGUUAAUCUAUCGAUUGUCGAUAUGAGUAAUAACCACAUCCGAGAGAUUCGCGGAAAAACAUACCAUCACGUUCCGAACGUGAAGCGACUGAUUCUAAAUCAUAAUAACUUGAGCAUUUCACGCUACGAUGAUGAUGAAUACAAUCAUCACCACCCAAGGGUUUUCUCGAACUUCAUUAACCUUAUGGAGUUGCAUUUAACGAAUGCAUUUUCGGACAACACGUCGGCUGAACUUUCCGCUGACCUUCACGAUAUUUUCGUGAGCAGUAAUCUCACCAAAUUAGUUAAGCUCCAUCUAGAACAGAAUGAAAUAUCCAAGUUUAACGAUAAACGCGUAUUUUGCGAUCUUCCGUCCUUAUUGGAUUUGCACUUGGGAGACAAUCAGCUGACAGAGCUCAAUUUUAACGUUUCCUGUUUGAAAAAACUUCGAUUUCUCGAUCUGGAACGCAAUAAAUUCGAAGUUCUUCGGCCACACGACAUGGACAUGCUCGAUGCCGUUCAAUCCCAUGAAGGACGAACAGUCAAUUUUAUGGUAGAUUUUACCUUCAAUCCGUUCAAUUGUAACUGCAGCAUAAAUCCGCUGUAUGAGUGGAUGCGAAAAACGAACGUAACGGUACGAAAUCGAGAAAACCUCGUAUGUUUCCGCAACAAAAAACACCAGGAACCGAUUCUUUCUCUAAAUAUGAAAAAAUGCCAGAAAGCGCGUUCCGGUAAACGGGAUCACACGGUCACGCUGAUUUUUGUGCUGAUCUGUUUGAGCUGCAUUCUAGCGGUGCUAGUUGGAUCACUGAUUUACGUUAGCAAGGAUAAACUGAAGACACUGAUUACUCCGGUGGUUGAUCACGUCUCCAAGAAGGUGCACUAUACCACCAUCAAGGACGAAGAAGCGCCCGAACAGUACGUAUGAUGCUGCGCAGCAAUCCAACAACGUUCCAAAACAGCUCGAGAAGAAUACGUGUGAAUAAAAAGUGAUCGCGAUAGAACUACUGCAAAGGGUCUAAUCAUAUCCCCAAGCCCAGUAGCUAAGUUUAAUUAUAAAGUAAUGUAAAUAAUAACAAAAUUUUAACUUUACACUAUUUAAAUGACAAGUAACGGAAAUGCAAUUACUAAUGCUACUAACGCUUAAAGCAAGAAAAGGUUAAUCAUCAAAGACAUCGUUACUUACAGAAAAAGGAAAACCCUAGGUUUAUUAGAUAAGGCUAGUAAUUAAAAAAACUACCUACUAUUCCUUGUUACUAUUAGCAUGGAGUGCAGUUGAAAGUUAAAACACGUUAAAGUGAUAAGUUAUGAUGACAGCCAAUCAACACGAAUGUAUGUUUCUAACAGCUAAGAAAUUGUUUAUGAAAAUGCACUUACAAAACAACAGGAGUAUGAGAAAUAAUCGCCAUAGGAAACAACGAGACCGGUAUUUGCUCUUGCUGUUGCCCACAAUCGAAUGAAUCUAUAGUGUAAUAAAUUUAACUUCAGCUCGUGGUAUCAGUUUCAUUCCCAUUCCAUUCGCCGUACUUACAUUGUUCACAAAAAUGGCUAAAUUAAAAGACAUUCCAACAUUCCAACAUUGUAGUGAAAGAGUUAUAACUUAUA